AUGACUUUCAUUCGUCUUGAGCCUUCCGAACAGGAGAACGAUGAUGGCUACUCCUCGAGAGACGCCAUCGAUGGUAUCUCAGCCCGGUCGGCGUCCUUGGCUGACGCCACCGAAACGGCAAAACCGCGUCGGAUCCUCCCUUCGCAACUACAUAAAAUGGCAAGGGAAGGGUUAGGCGAUAGGCCACGAGAUCAUGUCCUCAUCCCAACACCUCACAUUCUGUCUAGCUUUUCGCCACCAGAGUUCAAGGAUAUUCCCGAUAAGGAGAAGGCCGAAUUUGAAAAAGAGCGGCGAAAGGCCAGGAAAGUCAUAGAAGGGCUGAAAAGCCGCCAGGAAAAGCCGAAGCCAUGGACGCGCAUAUGCCGUGAGAAAGCGAGGUCGAUACUGACGCACCCCUGGCCUAGGCUCCAGACUAUUCAGGAGGCAGACGCCGAGCCAGGGAUCGAACUAGACAACCACACUGAUAUGGAGGAAGCGAGAUUGUAUUGGAAACCCUCUGAGAUGGAUAUUCUAAGAGCUCGUCGAUUCUACUUUCCGGAGCGAGAGAUGAUUGAGAUGCAGAUCUGCGACUACAAGAAGGAUAGCGGCAAGUUGGAAAAACUCCCGUUGAGGGAUUUCGAGGAUGUGAUCAAAUCGAAGCCCGACGGAGUUGCCGUUCGUUGGAUCCACCUACCAAUCGGCGUUGGAUUGCUUCAGUCGACACUGGAGGAACUUUUCAACUACGAAGGCACCCAGGAAAUGGGGCUACCAUUCAAGAACUGUGGAUAUCCUGGUUAUCCAUUCGUCUCUAAUAUCCACACUCUCGCAUUCUACAGUCGAGAAUUUUACAACGAGCAACGUGAAGCGUGGAAUGUUCUCUCCAAGGAGGCGAGUGAUAAGGGUGACUCGGCCGGUUUAGUCGGUACGAUUAAUGGACUCAGCGACCUUGUGAAGGAUGACCUGGGUUGGAGGUCGCGGUAUCGUGUACGCGAUCUUAAUUUUAGGGAAAUGACUAAAGCAGACUUUCCCUACAUUCUGAGCCACCGUUCCGCUGGCGACCUCAACCCUAGAAACGAGAAGCUUCCGCAAAAGAUCCCUGCCGCUGACGAAAACAUGAUCUCGAGAAUUUCCGAAUUCGAAGGUUCUGUUCUGAUGAUAAGCCACCUCCGAGUCUUCCACCGCUCAGACGGCUUCUUGUUGACAUUUUCACCCAAACCGGGAGUCGACUAUUUAGGCUGCCAUUUCAAGAACUCAAUGAAUCCAGCGAGAAAUAUCUUGGAUAACCCUCACGCAUCCGCCAUAGCCCACACCGCGGCAACCUUUCUAGACUCCGGCACCCAGAGAUGGCAUCGCAAGACGGUUGAGUGGCUGGCGGUCUAUCUGCUCACAGAGGAUGAUGAACGGAGACGGAGACGAAAACAGAGAAAGUCGAGGAAGAAAGGCGAUUUCGAUUCCGCCAGUCUAGUUGACAAAUACGGAGAGUAUCUUCCGGAGCUCGAAAACAUUCAGUCGAUCAAUCAGGCCAAGAUCGACUUCCUCCACGAAUUGGAAAAGGACGUUGAGAAGAUGGAAGAAAUAUACAAGUCUCGAGGCUUUGAAGAGUGUAACGACAAGGAGGUAGAUUCUAUGCCGGAGCGAGUUGGAUGGGCGUUGAGGGUAGUCAAAGCCACUCAAAGGGAGAUUGACAUACUCGUUGGUCUUUCAAAGACGGCGUUUGAUAGAGAACACCGACGAUAUACUGCGGAGCAAAAUGAUUCUACAAAGAAAGCUGGAGACCAGGGCAAUGCCAUCUUAAUUUUCACAGUCGUGACUGUGGUGUUUCUGCCCUUAUCCUUCUUUACUUCAUACUUUGGGAUGAAUCUCAGCGAUAUCGCCAACACCGAGAAGGACCAGAAAUUCUUCUGGGGGACGUGUGGAGUAGCCGGACUCAUCACAGUAAUUGUGGUUAUCAUCUACGCAUUUAGUGCCGCGGUGUGGCAGACGUUGUCUUCUUCCGACGACGAGGAUGAUUGA